AUGUGCCGCAUGAACCCCGUCACAAGGACCCCUGGUGCAACUGGAGAGUAUAGUAUUGGAAAACAGAUUUUCCGACACCAUGAGCUUGCACCACCCUCGGGUCAGUUUACAAGUAAUUAUAUCAGAUACACACAUAAUGAGUUUAACGCAACAGAGUAUAUGAUAGCUUGGACAACGAAUAGGGUUGCCAGCGAGGGAACCAAAAUGGGUGGAAACUUCUAUCUUUCUGAUUUCGGUUUACUCAUUGAGGCUUCUCAAAACUCUCUCGUUGUUUGGAAGCCUUCUGAAUAUCAUGGCACUACUUUAACCAACAUUAAUCCUAUGGAUACCGAUCCCCCAGGCUUUAAUCAAAGUGGAUGUAGUAUCGCCCUUUCCAAACGCCUUGCAAAGUCUUGGGAGAUCUACCUUCAGCGUGUGUUGACAGAGGAGGAGGUAGCGAAUGCUUUCGAAAAUACUUAG